CACACUGCGUCGGGCAUACUGCUUAGUGUUGUGUGUGCUGCAUUGUUAUAGUUGGUAUACAAAUAUUUAGUCAUGAUGGCCGAAUCUGAUAGACAGGACCUUGAGCUUGUUUCGAACUCUGCAGGAAAAGGCCAGCAAGCACAGUAUGAGCAGGAUGGGGACAUUGGUUGUUGUGGAUAUGUUUUAAUGGCAUUUUCCUACAUAUUAGUAGCGCUGUUUUUCCCAUUUUCUCUGUGCGUGACAAUUAAGGUUGUGCAGGAAUAUGAGAGAGCAGUCAUCUUCAGGCUUGGGCGAGUGUUGGCUGGUGGAGCCAAAGGCCCAGGUUUAUUCUUCAUCUUACCCUGUAUUGAUGACUUUAAGAAGGUGGACAUGAGGACUCUCACCUAUGAUGUCCCUCCUCAAGAGAUUCUCACCAAAGACUCUGUCACGGUGGCUGUAGAUGCUGUGAUAUACAUUAGAAUCUUUGAUGCUACCAUGGCAACGGUAAAUGUUUCUGAUGCCUAUCAGUCUACACGUCUGCUUGCAGCUACCACUCUUAGAAAUGUCCUUGGAACCAGAAACAUGUCAGAACUUUUGACAGAUAGAGAUGCCAUUUCAGCCAUGAUGCAGCAUCAACUUGAUGAAGCAACUGAUCCCUGGGGUGUCAAAGUAGAGAGAGUGGAAAUUAAGGAUGUGAGACUCCCCAUCCAGUUACAGAGAGCCAUGGCUGCCGAGGCAGAGGCUGGGCGAGAGGCCAGAGCUAAGAUUGUCGCUGCUGAGGGAGAACAGAAGGCCUCCCGGGCUCUGAAGGAAGCAGCUGAUGUCAUCACGGAAUCCCCCGCUGCCCUCCAACUCCGAUACCUACAGACUCUCAACACCAUCGCAGCAGAGAAGAACUCCACCAUAAUUUUCCCUCUCCCAAUUGAUCUCUUAUCGUCCUUUGGUUCUCAGAAACACGAUGUAACUAAAUUCUGAUUGGGAGUUGGGAUGGUAUAUGGUAUAUAUGGGAGGUACUGGUCCAAGUGAAGCACUUGAUUAUUAUGAACAAAAAAUGAGAAGGUACAUUGUACACUCUGCAGUGUUCACACUAUACCCAGACACUACUCGCAUCUAAAUAUAUGCCAGAAUCAUUGUCAUUCUGAUGCUUUUAUAAUUUGAAUAGAAUUGUAAUCUUUGUAAGUUAAAUUAUUAUGAAAUAUGAAGACUAUUCAAAGAAAGUACUGGUGUGUACAGGAGUGAUCAAAUAAUGCACCCUGUCUGAGAAUAUUGAAUGUUUCAGAAUGGUUUAACAGUGUAGGUUUGGUCUUGAUCCCAUUUUCACUUUCACGGUUUUCUUUAAGUUGGAGUGUCGUCAAUAAUGAGAGUUUCUCCAUAAAUACUUCUACUAAUGUUAAUGUCAUUAUGGAUUGGUUUAUCACUGAUUGUCAGCCUCAUGUUGAUAUCAUUGCAAAAUUCUAAUACACACUUUUUAUCCAUGUACUGGGAAGUGCUGACAGUACUUGAACAUAUUCUACUGAAAAUUCUAUGAAAACUCUAACGUAUUUCUUACACACCGAUUGUCAGCCUCACUUUGAUAUAUUGCAGAAUUCUAAUUCACACCUUUUUAUACAUGUACUUGGAAGUGCUGACAGUACUUGAACAUAUUCUACUGAAAAUUCUAUGGAAACUGUAACGUAUUUCUUACACACAAGAUUUUACAUCCCCACAUGUCUGAUUUUGAUAUUAACUUGUCAUUGUCAACUAUGUACUUAGUAGCCUUUUGAGAACAAUCUCCUAAAAGUGUGGCUCCAUGAGGAAUUUUUAAGCCUAAGUAGAUGAAAUGUGUAAACUUUAUAACAAUAGAACAUUCUACAAUGAAUAGUCAAAGAAUUCUUACUUUCUGAAACAGAAGAGACACAAAAUUAUUUAUAUUGGAUUUAACUGAUAUUAUCGAGAUAUUAUUUCCUUCAUAGGGGAUUUUUGUCAAUUUGUUGCAAUGAAUGAAGAAACUGCUUAGCAUUCUACAUGUAUGUCCAAAACUUUUUUUAUUGUUUACGCAUCAGCACUUACAUAUUUUUCCUAUAGUGAGGACUUUGAUUCCUUUUAUGGAAAUCCGUUGUUGUUAAACUAUUUUUUUUUUGGUAUUUCUUUUCUGUUUAGUUUUUGAUAUAUUUGUAUGGUGAUUUAUACAAUAAAGUUGCAAAUGAA